AUGAGGCCCUCAGCAUGCUCGUCGCGCCCGCUCGCCUUUGGCUCCACCCUCGCUAUUCUGCUUUCUUCUGCAUCCGCCCGCAAUUUCACCCAAUCUCCGUCACCAAACAUUGAUCUCUCUGGCCUCGGCCGUGUCGCACUAGCUGGCGAUUUCGACUCAAUAUCUCUUUACACCUACGAAGGACAAAAUCAAAACGCAAACUUCGGCAAUGGCAGUCAAUACCUCUUCUCCGAGUAUCCUGAUGGGUCUUUUCAAAGUCUGGCCCUCGCCGAUGCAUACAUCACUACCAUGUGUCCGUUCGUCAGCCAUGGUGCUCUACAAGGUGUCGUCGUAGGAGGAAACUUCACCAGUCUGGGCGGCGUCCCCGCUCAAGGCAUCGCUCUAUGGAACCCAAACACCACUAAAAUCACCCCUCUGGACGGCCUCUCCGGCUCUGUGUCUGCCGUGUAUUGCGACGAUGAAUCCUCCACAGUCUAUGUUGGAGGUACUUUUACCGGAGGCAAUUCAUCGAACGCCAUUGCCUGGACCACUGGUUGGACAAAUCUUCCUUUUGCUGGCUUCAACGGUCCCGUCACAUCCAUCGUCAAGAGCUCUAAUGGCUCCAUCAUCUUUGGCGGUUCUUUCGAAGGUCUAGGCAACACAACCACCCCCACAAACAGAGACGUUCAGGUUAUCAAUCUUUCUGCUGGAAACAUUACCUCUGGCGCCUCGACUUCGACCUCUGGUUUCAGCGAUCCCCGCAACAUUAUUUGCCAAACUGGUGACGAUUCUGCUGGAAACGCAUGGCUUCUCGAGGACAACACUCCUGGUUUCUGGAAAGGUUCAUUCGGCUUUGGUUUCAAUCCCACCAAGUUGCGCUUGUACAACACCAACCAGGAUGGCCGUGGAACCAAAACCUGGCGCUUCACUGCUUUCCCUAUCAACGGUAUUAUGAACUUCACCUACACGGACGAGAGCGGUAGCCUUGCCUCUUGCACUGCCGACUGCCCUCUGCCUCAAGGCAAUACUUCAUACCAGGAUUUCCACUUUGUCAACUCUGUCGGCAUGAACGAUUUCCGCAUCGAUAUCUCUGCUUGGUACGGCGCUGGUGGUGGUUUGAGUGGUAUCGAGUUGUUCCAAGACGACAUUUAUGCAUUCGCAAUCUCCGACUUCAACGAGCCCCGUUGCGACAGUGUUAGUACCACUGGUGCCAACUCGACUGCUACCGGACCUUGGGUGCAGACUCCCUCUGGUCUUAGUACGUCCGAUUAUCUUACCGCCUCGUUGAACAGCAGCGUCACCGCCAAUGCUGCACAGGUCGUCUUCAUGCCCGACAUCAAGCAAUCUGGAAACUACUCGGUCACUCUGUACACUCCAGGCUGCCUCCAGGACGAUACUUGUUCGUCCCGCGGUAUUGUGAACAUCACCGCAUCUAUGACCGCAGAGGAAAGUGCUGUCGCUACUACUCUGUACCAGACAAACUACUACGACAAGUACGAUCAAAUCUACUACGGCUACGUAGAUGCUGCCUCCGACUCUUUCCGUCCAGAGGUCACUCUGACUCCAGUCGCUGGCCAGAACGCUCCUCUGACGGUCGUGGCACAGCGCGUUCGCUUCGAGCUGGUCACCUCGACCGGCGGUCUGAAUGGGCUUUACGAGUACGACCCCAAUGUCGCCACUGUCAACACCGACUUUUCCGCUUCCAAGGUUGACUCUGCUGCCUUGUCACUGGAAAUGGGCGCUAAGAUCAACGCUCUUGCCGUUUACAAAGAUGUAACCUAUGUCGCUGGCAACUUCUCGAACGGCGACAUUCACAACAUUUUCAGUAUUGGCAGCGGGAAUGCCACCUCGCUUCCUGGAGGUGGACUUAAUUCUGUGGUGCGCACCAUGUACCAGAACGAGUCUACCAUCUACGUUGGUGGUAACUUUACCAACACUGUGACGGCUCAAACCUCUGGUCUCAACGGUAUUGCUGCUUUCUCCGUUGAUGACAACUCAUGGAAGGCACUUGGCGCUGGUGUCAACGGUCCCGUGUGGGCAAUUGUUCCUCUACAACUGAACAUUACUGGCAAAGAUCAAGAAACCGUUCUCGCUGUGAGCGGUGCCUUCACCAGCGUCAACGCUGUUGGUAGCAAUGCCACCUACUCUGCCAAGGGUUUCGCUGCCUGGGUGCCUUCCCGGGGCAACUGGCUUCACAACUUGGCGAAUGCAACUGUUGCCUUGAGCGGUGGUUUGCUGGCACAAACCGAAGUAGCGGACUAUGGCCAACUUCUCGCCGGGUCCCUCGUUGCUUCGCAGAUCGGCAUGGGUGAUGCAGUCGCCCUCAGUGGCUCUGGUCGUCCUAACCUUUCGCCGCUUGGUAUCUCCAUCUCUGCUUCGCAGCAGUCUUCCAACAUGCGCAAGAGAGCCGCUGCCAGUCAGAAUGUCACUGGUCACUUCACUGCCAACUCUUCUGCUGGAACCACCAUUGACAACCUUCUCAUCAUCGAUAACACUGACGGUCAGAACGUCAUUGGUCUUCCCAACACUAUUGAUGCAGACUCGACUGUUCUUGCUCUCGAGGUUCGUGAUACUAGUCUGUUCGCUGGCGGCUCGAUCACCGGAACAGCUAAUGGCGACAACAUUAACGGUCUCCUCGUUUGGGAUCUGUCGAAGAAUGCGCUCGCCACCAGCCAGCCCGCAGCACUCGCCGGCAAUUCUGCCACUGUCAACACUGUCGCAGCACAGCCGGGUUCCUCCAAUGUCUACGUUGGAGGCAACUUUGAGAAUGCCGGCUCCAUGUCCUGUCCAUCGUUCUGCAUGUACGAUACAUCGAGCGGACAAUGGAUGCCACCCGCAUCCGGUUUGAGUGGUACCAUCAACGCCAUGACCUGGAGAUCUAACAAUCAGCUGAUCGUUGGUGGAGAUUUCACUAUUGGCGGCAACCACACCAGGCUGGCUCUCUACGACUCCAAGAAGCAGACUUUCACCGAUUUGGGCGCUUCAGCCAACCUGCCCGGCGCUGUCACCUCCAUGACACCGGCUAAUCCCAACUACGAUGCUUGGUGGGUCGCAGGUCUUCAAAUCAUCUCCCUCACUCAAAAGCAUCAGCUUAGCGAUCUCGUUCCCUCGAACGAGGUCUUGCUGCUGACCGGCUCCAUUGAGCUUCCCAACGACGGCAAUGCCAGCGCUGUACUAUUCAACGGAACCACUUUCCAACCUUUCGUCCUCACUACGUCUGCAAAUGGUGGACAAGGAACUCUGAGCGGCAUGUUUGUCCAGAACCCUAGCAACUUCUUGAGUUCUAAGUUCCUGAUUGGCCUUGCAAUCGCUUGUGCCUUGACUUUCCUGCUGGUUGUCAUCGGCAUAUUAGUCGAACGACACCGUCGCCGCAGACAGGGUUACGUGCCCAUGCCUCAGUUGAGGCCGGAUCAACAUGCCAAUCUGAACAGGAUCCCACCAGAGAGUCUGUUCGGCACGUUAGAGAAACGUGACACUGCACCUCGGGUGUGA